AUGAGAUCCACUGUCCUCUGGACCAGAGCAAGAGGGCGCAAAGGAGGUGCUAGUAGAGUUCACCCUGUAAAGCUUGAUUCGACAGAUUCAUCCACCAAGUUCUACGCUGUGAUCAAUGAUGAGCCCGUUGACUUUGGAGACAUGAAUCCCACUGGUGAUGGAGAGCCCCAGUCCGGAACCACUGACAGUGGCAUUCAAUGGACUCGAGUUACCCCCGAAGAGUCUCUCAGUGUGAAUGCCGGGCCCACCGAUGACAAGAAGCACACUAUCACCCUGUCCGUCCCAUCUGAUUUGAUUGAGGAUGAUUCUCACACAUCCUCGUCUACGCUGUGA